AUGGGUCGUUACUGCCAGACCACCGUCGCCAAGGGACUAAAGGUUCUUCAAAUGAAUUUGCAGGUCCUAGAUAACUCAUCAUGGGRUAUUAAUCCAUGCAAAUACUCUUUCAUCGCUGAGAAAGAGUGGUACAACUUCUCCAAAAACGAUCUCUCGGGCUUUGAUUUCUACAAGAGAAACAGAGGAAUGGUUCCAACAAUACUCGACUGGUCRAUAGAGAAAGAAAAGUCAUGUGAAAAUGUUACGACGAGAAACGAAACUACUUAUGCAUGUGGCAACAACAGCAACUUAACUGCGAUCUCAUCACCAAUAAUGGCGAAGCCAGGCUGCCCAGACAGAUGUGGGAACAUCAUCGUUCCCUACCCAUUCGGCCUUGGAGACGACCCAAGCUGUUACAGAGACGAUGGUUUCUGGCUGAUAUGCAAUCACACUUUCAGCCCUCCCAAAUUGUUUGCUGCAGACAUUCAAAUUAUGGAAGAGAAAGAAAAGAACAGUUCCAUCAACAAUACUACAUUGGUGGAAGUCAAAGAAAUAUCAUUAGAAGAAGGCCAAUUGCAUGUCUACUCCUUCAUGGACUAUGUUUGCUACAACAAGGAUUCGUGGAUGAUUUUGCAAUAUGUGUGUAUUGCCUUUGGCAUCCUAUUUGUGCUAUUUGUCAAUUUGCUAUAUUGGGGAAUUAAGAAUAGAAAGCAAAACAUACGUAGAGAAAAAUUCUUUCAACAAAAUGGAGGGCUUCUGCUAAGGCAACAGCUUUCUUCAUAUGAUGCAAGUGUGGAAGUUGCAAAGAUAUUUGCAGAAGAAGAGCUCAAAAGGGCAACUAACAAUUAUGAUGAGAGUCGAAUCCUAGGUCGAGGUGGCUAUGGUACAGUAUACAAAGGAAUUUUACCUAAUAAUAAGAUAGUUGCCAUUAAGAGGUCCCAAAUAGUUGAUGAAAGUCAAGUUGAACAAUUCAUCAAUGAGGAGAUAUUCCCAAUGUGUGAGUGA